GUACUUUAUCAUUCAAGUCAAAAUUUGUGUUAUUAAUCUGUGUGCAUACAGCAGGAUAAGCAGGGUUCCAGGCAUCAGAAUGGAGGUGAUAAUAAAGGAAGAGCCUACUGAAGAAUUUGAUCUUCCGGUACAAGAUCAAGAGAUUAUUCUUUUCAGUUUCACUGAUGAACAGACCCACCAAGAUUAUGAUCUACAAGAUCAAGAGAUACUGCCUUUCAAUGAGAGACAGACCCACCAAGAUUUUGGUCCACAAGAUCAGGAGAUGAUUCCGUUCAAUGAGGAACAGACCCACCACGAGUUUGGUCUACAUGAUCAUCAGGGGAUGCUGCCUUUCAAUGAUGCACAGACGCAUCAAAGUUAUAGUGUGUACCGCAAAAAAAGUAGUCCAGUGGCAUGUGGCGUUUGCGGAAAAGUUCUGGCUCAUAAGAGCUCCCUAGAUGUUCAUCUACGCAUCCAUACUGGCGAGAAGCCAUUCCACUGUGCAACAUGUGACAAAGCAUUUUCAUCUCGUACUGCUAAACACAGACACGAGAAGAUCCACACAGGAGUAAAGCCCUUUGCCUGCGGAAUCUGUGACAGAACCUUCUUGACAAAAGUACAGGUCGUGUCACACCAGUCGGUGCACACCGUAGAAAGACCCUUCCCCUGCAGUGUCUGCGGGAAGUCUUUCGCUUCAAAACAUGCAAUGAAGAAUCACAGAGAUAAAGUUCAUACAGAUGAGAGAGUGCUGUGUAACAUUUGUGGCAAAAGCUUCAGCAAGGCGUACAUCUGGACUCAUCGUUGGUUCCAUUCGGCAGAGAGAUCCCACAGCUGUGAUGUGUGCGGUAAAGGCUUCAAACUCAAGUGCCAUCUUACACGUCAUCAGCAAUCACACAUUCCACUCAGUGAUAGGGAGAAGCCGUACAACUGUGAGCUCUGCGGGAAAAGUUACGCCUCCCGUCCCGGCCUGAGAAUCCAUCUACAGACUCACAACGGGGAAAAAACCAUUUGUUUGUGAUACGUGUGGUAAAGCCUUCUCGCAGAAGAGUAAUCUUAGUAAUCACCAACAUGUACACACCAACGAGAAGCCGUUUGUCUGUGAGCUAUGCGGCCGGGCAUUUGCUGUAAAAAGCUGUUUACAGAUUCAUCUGAUGGUUCAUUCUGGGCAGAAACCACAUUCUUGUAGUAUUUGUGGCAAAGGCUUCCGACAGAAAGGGGAUGUAACUAAACACAUGAAGAAGCAUCAUCCAUGACUGCCUUCUCAAAAUGCUUUCAAGUGUUGAAAGUCCCAAAAGUAUGCCUUUAUUAUGUGUCUUGGUUACCCCCCCCCCCA